CUUUCCGCAGCUAUUUGAAGCAGUGUCGCCUACUUGAACUGCGCCGAAUGCGUUACUCAAAGCCGGUCUUCACGAAGCGCCUGCUUUGCAAACUCCCGACAGUUGCCUUCCUCAAUAUACACCUGUUGCAUCACUGUGAAGCCGAACUCACGUGUGAGGCUCUUCAGAAUGAAGUUUGAAUACAUUUCAAAGUGAGAUUGUUUUUUUUUUUAAUAUGCAUUUGUGAUAUAGAGAUAAUACUGAUAAGAAGCCUGAAGUUUCUAGAUAUUGAAUUGGUUGUGACUAUUUUUGAGAGAAGAUGAUUCCAACAUACAGGCGAUUCAUUCCACAGGUACUCGCCAGCACAGCAAAAAAUCUCCUCCUAUUUGAGCUGGGAUUACUUGUCGGGUUACCAACUAUAAUAAUUCCAGCAAUUCUGGACCCGAACAGUGAUGUAAAGUUCACUGAAGACCAAUCUUCAUGGUUUGGUAGGCUGAUAUAUUUUUAUGAACUCACAGGAAAUGUACGAUUCAUAAAUAAUGUAGUCUUAUUCAUUCUACAGAUUCCUGAGACACCAAUUUGGCUUAUUUCAAAAGGCAAAAUUAAAGAAGCUGAAAAAUCACUUUGCUGGCUGAGAGGUUGGGUCGAGCCAGAGGCUAUAAAACAAGAGCUCGAUCACACUGUUCACUACUACCAUGAUACGGCCAAUAAAAAACAAGGGAUUAAUCCUGAAAAGGGAACUGAUGCCGAAUGCAUCGAUCGGGAUGCCAGCCUGAAACAUGAUGACCAAAAAUCGACUGAUUCCAAAAUUGAAUAUAGCUCUGCUAGACCUGACAGAUUAUUUAGUGUUGAUCUGAAUGAUGGAAAAGUUGUUAUUGACUCAAAAAUGAGAAAUAGCACGUAUGGUACAACUGAAGACCCUUAUAAUGGAGACAGUAUGGUUCAUUUCAAAGCACAAACUCAAAAUGUAACAGACAAAAAUACGGCAGACUUCAAAGUAAGCUCUUACAACGUGAAUAGUACAGCAACAGGAAAAGAAAGUUUAAAAGAAAGAAUCAGCUACUUCUUCAGACGGGAGAUGAUGCACCCUCUCCUGUUGAUGCUUGUCUAUCUCUUUUUCACAGUUUUUAAUGCUAGAGUCACUAUAACACCUUACUACGUCUUGUUGGCAAAAGAUCUCAAUCUAUCUAUGGAUCCUUUCACAAUUACUGUGGUGUUUUCAGUUACAACCCUGGUGGGGACCGUGAUAUGCAUGAUUGUGGUACGCUGGACGGGUAAGCGGUUCCUGGCUCUGCUGACAUCAGUGAGUCUGACAGUGCUGCUGUUUGCACUUGGCUACUACACGUGGUCCCCCACCGGCCAGGCUCAACAGAGUACCUGGAUACCAUUCUUCCUUCUGAUUGUCAUUCAUAUUUUCUUCGGCCUGACUGUGGUGCCUUGGCUCUAUAUGAGCGAAAUAUUCCCGUUCAGGGGUCGAGGGUUUGCAACAAGUCUACUAGCUUCGAUGUUCUAUGUCUAUGGAUUCUUUGCAACAAAAUUGUAUUUCCAGUUGAUUUCAUGGGUUUCAUUGAACGGUCUAUUCUUUGCAUUCUCCUUCAUCAACCUUAUUUCAUUUGUAUUCUUGUAUUUCUGCCUUCUAGAAACAGAAGGAAAAACUCUAGCAGAGAUUGAACAACAAUUUAAAAAGAAAACAAAUAAAUGCUUUUGAUACUUCUUUUACUCUUCA